AGGUAGGACAGUGAGGAUCUAGCAAAAGUCACAUCAACAAUGAAACUGGACAUGCCCACAUAAAUCGAUCUUACAACUUUGCACAGGAGAAAAAAGCUCCUGGACUUUGGUGAACCCGGACUUUCGCUGGCCAAGAAACUCUCCACGCUGCAAGACAGCGUGACAGAAGUCUGCACCAACUCUCAAACUCGCGCCAGAUAAAGUGACACGGAAUGCGAGGAAAGUGUCCUCCUGAUCAUGUGAAAACAAGCGUACUGUAAACGGGUAUUAACUGGUAAAUGGUCGUGGUCACGGGACCACGGGGCUGCUUUAAAGCCGUUUCCUGCAUGGGAUAAGUUUGCUCAUCUGCUGCCACGCGCUCCAUUUCGCAACUGACCUCGAUAAUUUGCAGGAGAAAAACAGCGAGCAGACGGUGACCAGAGCACUGGCGCUAGGCGGAGUGACGGCUUAACACCUGUUCAGGUAACACAAAUUCACCAGGAGGUGAGCUGCUGACUAUGGCUGGAGCUGUGGAGCCCGGUUCUGUGUCCAGAGGAAUUCGGACCAUGUUUUUCAUGCUCACACCGAAUGAAUCAACUUUUGAGAAGGUGGAGGACGUCCCGCAGUAUGUGCAGCAGGCCACUCCUUUCUUUGUCGGACUGAUGGUACUGGAGCUAUUGGUGGGCGUUUUGAAGACAGGAGGCUCAGUGGUCACCAUCAGCGAUGGGCUUACCUCCAUAUCUGCUGGAAUGAUCUCAAGACUACCACUUUCUUUCCUCAGGUUGUUGACGAGAGGCUGUGAGCUGACUGCUUACAUAUAUAUGUGGGACCACUACCGCCUGGUGGAGCUACCCUGGGAAUCUGCAUGGACCUGGUGGCUCACCUUCCUGGGAGUGGAUUUCUGUUAUUACUGGGUCCACCGUUUCGCUCAUGAGGUGGCCUUUAUUUGGGCUGCUCACCAGGUCCACCACAGUUCAGAGUACUACAACCUCACCACUGCCCUCAGACAGUCCCUCAGCCAGCAGUUUACCUCAUGGAUUUUUUACCUGCCCAUGGCCCUGGCUGUACCUCCUUCCAUAUUUGCUGUUCACAUACAGCUGAAUUUGCUCUAUCAGUUCUGGAUUCACACAGAGCUGAUUAGAGACCUUGGACCUCUGGAGUGGGUCUUCAACACCCCAAAACAUCACAGAGUUCAUCAUGGGCGAAACAUUUACUGCCUUGACAAAAACUAUGGAGGAAUUCUGAUCAUUUGGGACAGAUUAUUCGGUACCUUUGCUCCAGAGACAGACAAAGUGGUGUAUGGCCUGGUGUUCCCAAUCAAGACAUUUGAAAUCCUCAAUGUUCAGUUACACUACUAUUUAUAUUUGUGGAGAAGGUCCACCACUUACAAAACUAUCAGCGACAAAUUGUCAACUUUUGUAAAGGGUCCAAGUUGGAAACCCGGUAAAGCCAGGCUGGGUGACCACGUCGACAAUCCCAAGGUUACUGGAAAGGAAGUGCCUCAUGAUCCCAGCUGGUCACUGCCGUUACAAGUUUAUGUGGUCAUACAUUUCCUGCUGGUGCUGAGGACUUAUCACGAAUUGUUUGAAAAUAAAAUGAUUUGCCAGCUAAAGCAUUGGAUCUGUUGCCCUUUAAGCUCCUGACUGAGCACUGAUGCGUUUAGGCUAGAAUAAUUGCUCAUAUACAGUAUGACAAGGUGGUCCAGAACUCUUCAUUUAAAGGCAUCCUGACUUCUGCGUAUUUGUUUGCCAACAUUAUUUCACCCAAUUAUGCAUUUUGUUGUGGCUAGUCCAUGGUGGAGUCCUGUACUUAGCCAGUAGGAAAAGACUAGCUCUGUCUAACAUCAUGACAGAAUGACAGAUUGGUAUUCCCCUUUAGAACAACCUUUGUCUAUUAUUUUCCACUCGACAUGCCAAGAGACCCCCUUCCUCCAUCCUCAGAAAAAAAGAAACAGGUCUCCUCAGCAGUUAUCUUUGGAAGACUUUUUUCCCUCGACAUAGUUUUGGUUAGCCAAAAAUUGCUGUCACGCCCAGCUUCUUCAAACUCCCAAAUAAAAUCGCCUGUCUUUCUCUCUCUCUCUCUCUCUUUUUUUUUCCUGAUCGCUACCUCUGUGGGGCUCUUUCAGUUGUGGUCCUCUCUCUCUCUCUCUCUCGCACACACACAGACACACAAACACACACACUUCCUCUCUUCACAACGUCGAAUGAAACGCCAGCUGGUGGUCCAGCAGUGAACACAAACGCCUUAAUUGCAGAGUCAACCAUUUCCCAACCCAAAUAGCCUUCAGGAUGCAGCAAUCAAGACUUGGAGGGAAAAUAACAAAGUGAGCACUCUGCCCCAACAAUAAAUCAUGUCACUGUUAUGUAUUUAUACCCACAUGUUCGCUAGCCGCUUAUUUAGCUUGACAAUUGAUGAUACACUGCGGGACAAUUUAUGGGCUUUGCGCUAAUUCGAAGCCAUGACAACACAGCUAUUUCAAACAAGUAGAGACACUCUUCAAUUACAUCAUCAUCAGGCAAAUGUGUAUGUUUUAUUAUAUGUUUGCUGAACAAUUGCUAUUGAAGGGAGAAAGUAAACACAGUUACAUCUCACAGCAUGCCUCCAUUAGUGUUAUCGAGUUUGCAACUUUCAGACCAAACCUCUAUUGUGCAAGUUUAUUUAAAGCACUACAGGGCAAAGUAAAGCUCAAACAUCUGACAUAGGUAUAUAAAACAAAAAUAGAAAGCUGUUCUUAACCAAGUAUAAUAUUUUUAUCUUGUCUUCAUCAUUAUA